UGACAGUUCGAAUGUUGAAAACUUCGAACAUUACAAGCGGUUUUGUGGUUUGCUUCAACUCCGAUUGUAGUAUAUGAAAUUGUGUUUUGUUAGUAUUUUUGAUUAAAUAUUUAAAUAUGAAUUUCGCAAACGAUUGGGUUAAUGCUGCUCACAGCACGGGCACGUCUAUUAUGGCUGCAGUAUUCAAUGGAGGAGUUGUAAUUGGUGCUGAUUCUAGAACGACAACAGGGGCAUACAUUGCAAAUCGUGUGACUGACAAACUUACCAAAGUCACAGAUCAUAUAUACUGCUGCAGAUCUGGCUCAGCCGCAGAUACACAGGCAAUUGCAGAUAUUGUUUCAUAUCACCUCAACUUCCAUGCAAUGGAAUUGGGUGAAGAUCCUCUUGUUGAAACAGGAGCUGCAGUCUUCAAGGAACUGUGUUAUAAUUAUAGAGAUUCUUUAAUGGCCGGAAUUUUGGUAGCUGGUUGGGAUAAACGUAAGGGUGGUCAAAUUUAUUCUAUUCCAAUUGGUGGCAUGUGUGUCCGCCAGAAUAUUGCCAUUGGGGGUUCUGGUUCAGGCUAUGUGUAUGGUUACAUUGAUGCAAACUACAAGCCUAACAUGUCUCAAGAAGAUUGUGUUAAAUUAGUGACAAACACAUUGGCAUUGGCUAUGAGCAGAGAUGGUUCUUCUGGAGGUGUUAUUCGUUUAGGAAUCAUUACUGAGAAGGGUAUUGAAAGGAAAGUCGUGCUUGGUGAUGAAUUGCCUAAGUUUAAUGAAAAUUAAGUUUAAAAAUUAUAAAAAUUUUUUUAUAAAAUAAAGAAUAUACAUUAAGUAAA